ACCUCUCAGCUCGAGCUCGUAAUGCGUUUUGAUGGGACUCGUCAGCUACGUCACCGUGUCGGGAGAAGAGGCGUUGGAGAGUUUCGCCCGGCUGACAUUCCCCGAGGAAGAAGAAGGUGUGCUCGACAUUUACCUGUCCAGUGUUACCUGCUGCCCUUGUUGCGUUCAGAAACUUGUCGGUCGUCGAAUUUCAGCAGCUCUCAGGGGUUAAACACUGGCUUCACUUAGGAGUAAGACGGAGAAGGCAUUAAAGGAUGCAAAGAAGUUCCUGACUCGUGGCCCCAACAUGAGUGUGACAUCAUGGUUUCUGGUCAGCAGCUCUGGCACACGCCACCGGUUGCCACGGGAGAUGAUCUUUGUCGGCCGGGACGAUUGCGAGUUAAUGCUGCAGUCUCGAAGUGUGGACAAACAGCACGCUGUGAUCAACUACGACCCAAACACAGACGAGCACAUGGUGAAGGACCUUGGCAGUUUGAAUGGGACUUUUGUGAAUGACCUCAGAAUCCCAGACCAGACGUACAUCACCCUCAAGCUCUCAGAUGUCAUUCGCUUCGGUUAUGAUGCUCAUGUAUAUAUCCUGGAGAAGAGUCAACACAAAGUCCCAGAAGAAGCUCUUAAACAUGAGAAGUACACCAGCCAGUUGCAGCUUAGUAUAAAAGCCCUGGAGGCCAAGGUGAAGGAAGCACAGCAGCUCCAGAGCUCAGAGAAGAGCAAAGAUGCUGUCUCAAAUGUCAGGCUACCGGACAGGGCUGAGCGAAGAGCCCAAUCACUAACAGCUGCCACAGAUUCUCCGAUAUCCAAGCCUACUCCUCUGUACGGCCAACCGUCCUGGUGGGGGGAGGAUGAGGACCCAGCCAACAAAAAGCAGAUCAGAGGUGGAAAAUCGCCAGAACGGGAGUCCCCAGAGCCUGCUAAAGAUGUAUCCAGAUAUGAGGUCAACGGUUCUCUGUCUGACAGUCAGGCCAAGUCCAUCUUCUCCUACCGCCGAGAGCCCAGCUACUUUGAGAUCCCAACGAAGGAGCUCCAGCAGCGAUCUCCCAAGAAACAGGAGUCGCAGGUUCAUGAGGUUCCAACUAAGGACACUCCAGAUCCCUCUGAGUCUGUCCCCUCUACCCCCACACCUCCCGUGGUCCAAAGCCAUGCCUCCUUCACCAUUGAAUUUGAUGACUGCAUGCCAGGCAAAAUGAAGAUCAAGGACCACGUGACCAAGUUCUCUUUCCGCCAGCAGCGCAAGCUGCCUUCCACAGAUGUUGUUACCACACCCACUGAGGUGAUGUCAGCAGAAAGCAAAGUUGCUGAUUGGCUGGUCCAAAGCAAUGCUAGCAUGAUAAGGAGGAGGUCAAAGGCUGAAGACAUGUAUAGCACCAACAGUGACCCGUCACUUCUAAAGACUACCAAGGUAAACCACGGUGAGGAUGGCACGCACAGUGAUUCAGGGGAUCCUGCAACCAAUGGAAAAGAUAUUCUGCAGUCAGAACCUCAGAUUGGGUCCAAGGUGUCUCCACAACCCCUGAGAGCCUCCCCGCCACAACGCUUCACCUCCCCUGACUCUGAGGAGCCUUUGUCCUAUUCUCCUACAGAGUCUCAGUCCCUUUCCAGCCUUGGCAAGGCUGAUCCUCAACAAGCCUUUGUCAUUGAGUUCUUUGAUGAUAACUCAAGAAAGAAGCGUUCCCAGUCCUUCACUGGUAACACUACCCCACCUGAGCCAUCAGGCCCCAGGGUCCAGCUGGAGAAGGCAAGGAAAACCUCGAGCCCAAAUGGGGAGAGACAUGUCCCGUGUCCAGCCUCCGCCACUCCCCCAACCCAACGAUACACUGUCCCCCUAAAGGGCUCUGCUUCCACAGGUCCCCAAAGAGCUGGCUCUCUAAGAAGGGAGAAGACAGAGGACCGGAUCAGCACAAACUUUUCCUCUCGCUCUUCAUCCUCUGUUUCUGUUAGGCCUUUUAGCAGCGUGGGACGGAGAUCCAAACUUGGCCAGGAAUUUACUGCCGAAUUGCUCAAACAAGCAAAGCAGGCCUCUACUGCCAGCUGGGAGAAAAAUACAUCUAGUCCCCCAACAAAAGCCCAAACAGGGACAAAGGUAGCAUCACAGUCUGAUCAGAGGUCACCUAGCCCUCCUUCAUCUAAUGCUCCCUAUCAGCCCCAGACAUCCUCCCCUAUCCACCAGCCUGUUCCCCUCAAGGCUCCCAUGAUGCCAAUGGCAUCUCAGAGUGCAGAAGUCAAGAGUUCCCAUGGUGGCCUCAGAAACGAAGAGGAAGACAGUCUGAGUGACGCAGGAACCUACACCAUUGAAGCUGAUAUCCAAGAUAAAGAGCUAGAAGAGGCACGGAACAAGAUCGAUCAGGUGUUUGGUGUUCUUGAGAGCCCAGAGCGAACCAACCAGACUGAAGCAGAAACAUCAGCAACAUUUAGGCCUGUUAUUGGUCAGGGCAGGGAGCAGCAUAGGCAGAGUAGCUGUGGGGAGGUGAGGCCAACUCCAGAACAGGGACAGAGUCUGGUAAAGGUUCAGCGAGCAGGUGCAGUGUUACAGGGGGCUCCUAAGUGGAUGUCUUGCUGGGCCAGCUUGGCAGACAGCUACACGGAAUCUGGCCCUUCGUCUGGCCUCUUUGACACCCCUUCCCAGAUGGAGCUGUCAGGAGGGGCACGAGGUACAAUCAUCCACAAGGCAACGCUCAGCAGAAGUCAUGACAGCGGCGACUCUGAAGGCUCAAGAGCUCGCCGCAUCCUGCCCCAGGUACCGCUGGGGGAGAAGAAUGACAUUCCAGCUCCCAGCAUUCAUGUUCAUUAUGACCCACAUUCAACCUUUGAUGUAGGAGAGAAUAGCUUGGUCGCCCCAAGGUCUCAGGAAGGCAGUCAUAAGUUAUCAGUGCAGGAUGACGUAGAGCCUGACAGUCUGAGUGAUGCCAGUAAAUCAGAUGAUGGUUCCAUCAUAGAACAGAGGAGAACGCUGUCAGACACAGAAGAGAAGAAAAAUGAGGACAAGCCCAAACUCCCGGCCAAGUCUACAUCAUUCUACAUCGGGUCAGGAGAGCCUGUGUCCCGACCAGAACGUGGAGGCUCAAAACCGAACACUCCUAAGACUGAGAGAAAACAUCCAACCAAAACCUUCUCAACGGCCACUCUGACCAAACAGAGAGGUAACCAGGACUCUGGGAAAGUCAAGCCCAGUAUGUCAGCUCCUAUCCUGGGCCAGGGGACACAGAGCCCCGACUUAAAAGAAGGUACAGUAUCCCCAUUAAUCAGACAAGAGAGCUUCACCAAGGAGCGGCCAAGCAAUGCCAAAUUGCCCAACAUCUCCAGCGAGCCUCCUCAAAGAGACCCAGACCCCGAAUUAUUCCAGGGAUCCUGCAGUCAGGACACUCAAUCUUACCUCAAACAAACAGAGGAUGUUUUGGCUGCUCUGGAGGCCAAACUCCAAGCAGGACAAUCAGAAACCACUCCGUCUCCUAUGAUGGACUCUCUCUCUGGGGAGUCUGAUGUGGAUACCUCCAGCACAGUCAGCCAGCAUAGCAAUAAGACCAGGCCAAACACACUGACUAAAAAACCCUCUAAUAGUGGCUUCCACAGGGAGAAGUCUUCAGCCAGUAUAGCUAGCCAGGAGUCAAAUCACCAGUCCUCUACUUCUGAGCGCCUGUCAGAAAAGCGGCGCUCUCAGGGAACAGACAGCAGUAAUAAAACUGAGUCUGUGAGGAGACCAGUUGGACUUAGACGUAGUAUUGGGAAACGUGGCUCCACAGACCUAAGUGACGACCCUCAGAGCUCCAGUGUACCUUACUCUGAUCAAGAGUCAAACACCCGCCAAACCCGCAAGAAAUACACUGUGCCCCUUCAAAAGGAGGACGCUAAGAGCUCCAGAGGAUCCCAGGCCUUAAGUCGUGCCAACAGCUUGUCAGCCCCAAGACCCACCAGGGCGUCCAUGCUUCGACGGGCACGCCUUGGCGAGGCUUCAGACAACGAGGGCACCGAGACAGACAGGCUGUCACAGGAGGCAGACAACAUUCCAGCUAAGCAACCCCAGGAACCCAAGAAACUCUCAAGGUUGGAUAUGCUGGCGAUGCCUCGUAAGAGGACAAGCUCGUUCAACACACCCAGCGACACUGAGGCCUCUUCCACCUCACAGUGGACAGGCAAGAGCACAGGAUUCUCCAACCGCAGUGCAGAGUCUGGCACCAGCUCGGUUCGCAGGGCCUCUGCUCCGGGGCCGAAACCUGCAGAAAGACCGCAGAAAGCAGCGCUCAGCAAGACACCAAUUACUCGCGGACGUUCCAGCAGUGCCAAAUAUGCCAGUAGCACAGCAAGCUCCAGGAGACGACAGAAAGGCUCUGACUAUACCUCUACCUCAGACGAGGAGUACGACUCAAACCAGAGCACUCCUAAACACAAACGCUCCCAACCUUCCUCAGCUUCCCAUAGCCCACGCAGUCAUCCUCGGCCCCAGCCUGUGGUUGCGCUCCGUCCAAAACCCCGCAGCAGAGACUCUGAGGACGAGAACCAUGAGGGAGACGCCUUCCACAAUUGGUCCUCCCACAGUGCUGAGAUUGCAAGGUUGAGUCAAGACCUGGCUAAAGACCUAGCUAUCUUAGCCAGAGAGAUCCAUGAUGUGGCAGGUGAUGGUGACCCACAGAACUCUGCAGCAGAGAGCAGCACACCUGUCUCCACAGUGACCGCUCAUGAACAGCUGGUUCAACGUAUUCCAGAGGCUGGAUUAAACUACCAGAGAGUCCCACCAAGUUCUGCAUCAGCAAUGGACACUGACCAGAACUCGAGUGACCAUGAACAGACCUCCAGGCAGCGAGCUCGGAACAGAGAAGAGGUCAUUGUGGACAAUCUGAUGCUGAAUCCAGUGUCUCAGAUCAUCAUGGCCAUCAGAGAGAACACUGAGCAACUUGCUGGGAAAAUUAAGGUACUGUUCCAAGACAGGAUGGAUGUUUGGGAAGAAAUUGAGUCCAAAGUUAAUUCUGACAAUGACGUCCCAGUUGUCAAAACCUCCAACAAGGAAAUCACAUCUAUUUUGAAAGAACUCAGGAGAGUUCAGAGACAACUUGAAGUCAUUAACACAGUCGUGGAGCCCAGUGGGCAGCCUGAGGAGACCAAGGCCUCAGCGUCUGCUGUCUCUUCCUCGUCUGGAGUUCGGCCCUCUCGAACACCGUCCUCGCGAGACUGGCGAACAAUCCACUCCGCCUCUAAACGCGGUGGCGGCCAGAGGCCCGGCGAGAGUGUCAGGAGAGCAGCUGUGACACCAGAUGAUCUCAGAGAGGGAUAUCUGGUUUGAGGUCUGAGACAAACACACAGGUUCUACCAGUCCUGAACUUCUGCUACAAACGCAGCUGCUGGACCAUUAUGCAGAAAGUGAAACUGAGGAGGGGGGGAAGUGAAACGACUCCUGCGUAUCCAAACACACUGCUGCACUAUGAGCACUACACACCUACACUGUACUCAGCGGUGUAAUACAAAGGCAAACCUGCACUUGAAGCCCUUAAAAUAUACUCAUUGUGAGGCCCUCAUAUAAGGUGGGAGAACCAUAAUACUUUAAUAAAUCUAUUUCACAUCUAACAGACCUCAGAACUAUACUUGAUUCUCCGUGUGUUCGACAUCAACCUUGUUAUUUGCCAAUGAUAUGACCAACAUUUCUGAUUUUGAAAAGCUUAAUGAAAUUAAUUGGUUUAAUGGAAAACCAGCCUGAGCAUAAUCAACUCAGGGAAAUCUUAUAAACAUGUCUGUGUUCAGUGAUAAACUACAUUUCUGAAAACAUAUGAGUCAUAAAUAGAUAUUUGUUCUAAGUAGAAGGAACUGCAGUAACAGCUUGCAGUUGUUGGUGUACUGUGUAUUCUCAGUAACCCUGUUGCAUUUCCUUUUUUUGUUUGUUUUCAUGUUUGCCACUUUCUUCAUUGUACACCAGAUUUAGCAAAGAAUGUAAAAAGUAUUUAUUAGGGGUCUUUCGUGAGGCGCUGUGGUAUUUUGUAAUUGAGACAAGAUGACUUAGGGAGAGAUUUGGGAGACUAAAGUGCCAGACCAAGUAAUGUUGUAUUCACAAUUGUGUGUAUUUAUUCUGGUAACAUUUCUCAGUGUAGCGACUUUGUUCAGUUCCGUUCUUCUCAUUACAUUGACACCAUCUAUUUUGUCCAGCUGGAGGUGAAAAUCCCUCAGGAAUGUGCGGUCUGAGUAGAAGCAGGGGCUCAGUCCAUAGUUCAGUCACCUGGCAACCAGAAAUGCAAGUGGCUAUAAAACACUACUACUAGUGAGUUUUUCAGUCAAUUCCUCCUGACCCCUCUACUUUUGUGUUUUUAUUUGUGUCAAACACAAAUGGCUUAAACUUGUUUUUUUUUGUUUGUUUGUUCUCUGAGGUUUGGCUAAAGACAAUCAUAAAACGACUGACAGGAAUGAGACUCCUUUAUCUGUGUUCAGCAGUGACACAGUGUUUUGCUACUGAGCACAUCACACCACACCUUAACUAUCCAUAUGAUUGUUGUUAUACACUAAGAGCUAUCAGAGCACUGUGUAAGCGUUGAUAUUUCCUCUCGAGUCAUGAGGUCACUUCUGAUGGGUCCUCACAUGACAGGAGAAGUCAUGUAAAUUUACCAUUGAGGUGUGAAAUUUGUAAAUCUUGAUGUCAGUAUGUAAAUAUCUAAAGAUAAUCUAUAUGUCCUACAGAUUACCUCUCAAUCUUUUGCACUAAUGUAGUACAUUAUCCCCUAAACCCUUAUAUGCUGCAAUCUGAAAGCCUUUACUCUCCUGUGAAAGAUUGUAAACAUUUGAUGCUGUUUAGGCUGAAGCAGUGGACCAGCAAGUUUUUUUUUUCCCCCUUCUUCCCAGGCCAGGUUGUACAUCUGAUUGUAAUCGGGAAGUUCCUCUAAGUGCCACAGAGCUGUGUGGGAUAAUGUCUCACGCAGCCAAGCACAGUGGUUGUUUACAAGCAAAAAUUGAAUGUUUGUCCCUGUUGCUCGAAGUGUUGCUGCUAUUCGUCUUCUAUGGGGAUAGUAUUUCCCUUUUUUUUUUUUUUUUUUUGCUUUACUCCAUCUAAGUCAAAGCUACAGAAAGUCAGAGAGAUUAAAUUUAACUCUAGUGUGUCAAAUUUGUGUCCCAUUUUUAAUAUUCAAUUUCAGUUUCACUUCUUUCAUGUCAAGUUAUAUUGUCAUCUUGCUGUCUUGUUAGUUGGUCUUUAUGUUUGGUUGUGUGUGUAAUUUGUUAGGUGAUGAUUUCAUGUUUUGUUUUUUCAAAUAAAUUUGAUUUGCAAA